AUGCCGCUAAAGAGAGCAGACUUGCGCCUCAAUCACCCUUUCAUCCAGAAUUUGAUUGCUGGUUUGAUGCUCCUCUGCUUGCCCGGCAUCUACCUUGCUUUGACAGGUCUAGGGGCUGGUGGUGGAAAGCCCUCAUCUCAGACCGUGGCUGCAAAUGUCAAUGCCAUCCUAUACGGCGUCUUCUUCAUCACCGGGUGGUUUGCCGGCUCGGUGAUGAAUCUCAUCGGCCCAAACUACACGGUGUUUCUUGGGUCGAUCGGUUACAGUCUAUACACAGGUGGUCUCUGGUACUUCGACCGAACUGGAAACUCAUGGUUGGCAUACAUGGGUGGAGGCAUCGAAGGAGUAUCCGCUGCUCUUCUGUGGGCGUCCGCCGGUGCGAUUGCGUACUCUUACGCCGAAGAGAAGGACAAGGCUCUGUUCAUGACAAUCCAAUGGUGCAUGUGUGAAGGCGGUUCGACAAUUGCAGCUCUCGUCGCCCUCGGCAUCAACAUGCACAGUGCGCGGCAAGAUGCUGGCGCACCCACUCCCGUCUACAUCGUCUUUGUGGUCAUCCAGGUCUUCGCCAUGGUGCUGGCCCUGACACUGCUGGUGCGGCCCGCAAAGGUAGUGCGCAGCGACGGCACCAAGAUAGCCAUCUUUAAGCAGCCGUCCUUGAAGGGCGAGCUACGGGGUAUCCUCGAGAUGAUCAGGGAUUUCCGGUUCAUGAUGUUGCUCCCCGCCAUCUUCGUCGCCGAGAUGGCCCUGGCCCUCCAGAGCUCCCUGAAUGGCUACUACUUCAACUUGCGUACUCGCUCCCUCAACAACGUCAUGUUCAACUUCAUCCAGCUGCCGGCCAGCUUCGGCAUGACUUACAUCCUGGACAAUCCUCGCUUCGGACGCAGGAGGACCAGGGCGCUGAUUGGUAUAUCGGUGAUGAGCGCCAUCACGCUCGGCAUCUGUGCGGCGGAGGCAGCGUGGCUCGCCCAGCAUCAUCUGAACCGGCACGAAGCAGGCCCGUCGACUGAUUGGACUGAUUCGGCCUUUGCCGGCGCUUUUGUGAUCUAUGUCAUCUACGGGACCGUCUAUAGCAUCUACCAAAUCGCAACCCAGUACGUGAUCUGCGCGCUGACUAACGACCCGGAGCGGCUGGCGCGACGAGCAUCGUGCUUCCGCGGCACCACCGCGCUGGGUAUGAUGUUCAGCUUCAUCAUUGAUGGCAACGGCGGGACGUACAUCACCCAGCUGUCGUUCCAGUUCGCGUGCUACUUCGUGGGCAUCCUGUUCCUGUACAUGGUCACUAUCUUCUACGUCAGCGACACCAACUAUUUCCACGAGGACACGGUCAUCGUGCCCAAGCACAUCGAAGACGACGCCCGGCUAGAGGGGAGGAUUGGAGCUGCCGAGACCGGCAGCGUGGACGUGGAUGGGGAAGAGACGGUAGUGCCCAACAAGGGCAUGGCGUAG